GGCGCGCGCGUCCUCUACGGCAGCGUCAACUCGGACGGCGACAAGCUGGUGCUGCGCUUCCGACUGGCCGACGACGCCGGCCAGCCAGAGCACAGCGUCUGCAAGCUCUGCGACGGGCAGGUGGACCUGUUCCGCGCGCACGAGCACAGCGUGCAGGGCCGCUUUGUGCUGUCAGGCGACGGCGUGGUGCUGGAGGUGGGAGCCGUGACGCUGCCCGCCCCGCCGCCCCCGCCGCCGCCGCCGCAGGUGAUAGCUCCGGAGUCGGUUGCGGCGCCUCCGGAGCCGCCCCCGCCGCUGCCGCCGCCGCCGAUGCCGCAGCCGCCACCGACUACGACGUCGUCAUCGUCGACUCGGACCGCAGACGCGGAGUCGGCCGAGACGGUGGACGACCCGCUGCCGUACGCCUGCGACGUCUGUCAGAAGGCGUUCAGCACGCGGCGCGUGUUGAACAAGCACCUGCUGAGCCACGCGGGCGUGCGGUAUCCGUGCGAGCAGUGCGACAAGAGCUUCCCUCGGCUGGACCGGCUGCGCCGCCACCAGCUGACGCACGCCGCCGUCCGACCGUACGUGUGCCAGACAUGUCAGAAGGGCUUCAACCGGCGCGAGUACCUGGUGCAGCACCAGCGUGUGCACUCGGGCGACCAGCCGUUUCAGUGCGACAUCUGUGGCAUGCGCUUCAGCUUGCACUCCAACUUCACCAUGCACAAGCGAGUGCACGCGCAGGAGAAGCGGUUCACGUGUGAUGUGUGCGAGCGCGGCUUCAACCGGCUGGACCACCUAGAGACGCACAAGCUGCAGCAUACUGGCGAGAAGCCCAUGAUCUGCGAGAAGUGCGGUCUGCAGUUCUCCAUCAAGGAGAAGUUGCAGCGGCACAUGCUGGUGCACGCCGACGAGAAGUCGUUUGCCUGCGCCAUCUGUGCUCGCCGCUUCCGCCGCAAGGACAAGCUGGACGCGCACAUGGAAAAGCACGCGUCUGGGCCCGGCCAGGCGUGUCAGCUGUGCCCUAAGGUGCUGCCUCGACGCGAGCUGCUACGCCAGCACGAGCGCCAGCACGCCGACCCUGCCAAAGUGCAGUGUCCCACCUGUCUCAAGUUUUUCGCCGACCAGGCUAAGUACCAGGCGCACGCGCAGCGCCACAAGCCGCUGGUGCGCGACGCGGCGCGCCAUCAGUGCGAGAUGUGCAUGAAACCCUUCCGGCGGCCAAACGUGCUGCGUGCGCACAUGAAGAAGGCGCACGACCGCGUGCUGGCCAGCCCGGCGCGCGUGAUGAACAACAAGCCGCGCUCCUUCCAGUGCCACCUGUGCCGGCGCGGCUUCACGCGCCAACAGACGCUCAAGGCGCACGUCCAGCGCGUGCAUGAAGCGGCCGAGCCGGAGCCGGAGCCGGACCCGGUGGCCGAGCCAGAGCCGGAGCCAGAGCCGGCCCCCGUCGCGGACUACGCUCCGGCCGCUUGUCCCAGCACGCAGGAGCUGGCUCACGCGCCCUUCCUGCUGGCCUUCCCGCACUAUACGUUCUGAGGAGCGCGAGCGCCGGUGGAAACAGCUCCCUCCAUGACGACGGGCCGCGCGGGCUCGUGACAUGGGCUGACUGGUGUAGUUAUUCGUGUCGCGCGACACUGUCUAAACGUGAAUGGUAUGUUCCAGUGGUUUUCUACAUGUGUACUGGGGUGCGGGCACCCGCCCCUCGGCAUCAGGAGUGACUCAUGUUGCAUUCGUUUCGACCUCGGGCUGCUGGAGACUGGAACCGUCGCCUUCUGGCGGUCUCUGCCAACUUUGUGAUCUCUGACAGGCUGCUUUGGACGGAUUGGAUUUGGAUUGCGAUUAGUAGAGGUCUAGGACUGUGAUGCAUUAGUGUCGUCUUAACCGGGUGUAAGUCGUCCAAUGCCGUACCAGAUAACUGUUCCGGGCUCAGAUCGCCCAGCGCUGUGAGGUAGAUCAUUGGCUGAGCAGGUAAUAUGCAUAAACGGGGGCGUCGCGUCGGCACUAUGUAGGUUCCUAUGCUGUCACCCAGUCCGAAUAAAUUCAGAUGACGCGUUGAUUAGCGCACGCGUGAGCCCGGUCAUAGUGCUUAGGCCGUAUUUAUUGGUGAUGGGAACGUUUGUUGGUAUUGCGUCCUCCAUAAAGGAAUCCUCUGGUCUGAAACGGAAAAUUGAUGGCCACGUCUUUACGUUUACGACCACUGUCCUGCGAUGUGUGCCAACAAAACUGAUGUGGUGUGCGAUGUACUGUAAUUGUGUUGCCGUUCAAAGAGUGGUGUUCAGUCACGGACGAAUCUCACC